CAUCAAUCCACGCCAAGAAAUCACUUUACACUUACUAACCACUCAUCUCUGUCCUCCCCGUGCAGUGGCAGACAGGUAUCCGCUGUCUUCCUUCGAGGGAAUCGAUCUGUCACCCAUUCAGUCGGGCGAAGUGCCUCCCAAUGUGCGCUACUUCGUCGACGACAUGGAACACGAGCAAGGGUGGAACUUGGAUGGGAAUAAGUUUGACUUUAUCCACCUCCGACACACCCUUCACUCCGUUCGAAAUAUGCCUGAGCUGUUCCGAAGGGCAUACGAACACCUCAAACCGGGUGGCUACUUCGAAGUCCAGGAAGUCGAAACCAAGGUCCGCUGCGACGACGGCACCGUGCCGCCGGGCAACGACUACGCCCUGCGCGCCUGGCUCGACGCCGUGGCAGCGGGGCUCCGCGUGCGCGGGGGGUCGGACCUGCGCGGCAUCUCCUACGCCACCGCGGAGAUGCGCGCCGCCGGCUUCGAAGCCGUCGAGGAGCUGUCCCGCAAGUGUCCCGUCGGUGCCUGGGCCGCCGACGAACGCCGCCGCGUCUGCGGCGGCUUGCUGGCCGAAUCGCUCAUUGGCGGCAUCUGGGGGCUCAGCGCCCGCCCGCUGGCCGCCAUUGGCUGGACCCGUCCGCAGAUCGAGAUGCUGCUCGUCACCGUGCGCGACCACGUUCGCAAUCCGCGGCACCAUGCUUACAUGAAUUUCCUGACCGUCUAUGGGCGGAAGCCGCUCCGGUGAGGACGGGCCCACCUUGUAUCCGCGGGGGAUGCCGAAAUGGUAUGGUGCAGGUGUCACGGCGUUUUUUCAUCGGGUUGUUGUCUUAUUCCUUGUCGCCCACUCGCCGUUAUCGGGGACCUUCCCACGAGGGAGAUGAAUUAAAAUAACAAACUGCAAGAUGGGGAUAUAAACAACGGCUCUAUUUUUGUAUGCCCUUACAUAAUAUAUGGGACUGGAAAAUGCCGGAAUGGCAAGAUUUACGAGGAAUGGCUUUUGCCCUCUCUGGAAGCAACACAGGGACGGCAUCAGCUAUCAGCGUCUUGUGCUUUAUGAGCAUAUGACGGAAUGAUCACAACGGUACGGCGAUGGGGGAUAUUUUACCUUAUUGAACAUGAUAUCUUUGUUGACAAGUCGAGUCUUGUAUGGAAAUGGUACUUUUUAUAACACCGUCGGGAACUUAGUGGUCGUUAAGAGGGAGGU